CGCAUAUGCUCAUAGGGGGCAUCUGGAUUAAAAGCCAGGAAUCCCAGUCUUGGACCGGGAUGAUCUCCAGCUACGAGCAGCACGGAGCCAUGGAUAGCGGAUGAUUUCACAGGAGGCUGUGCAGCUCACCUGACAUGCUGAUCACUGGCUAUGCGCAGAUUGGGCGAGUGGAAGAAGCCCGGGCUCGCAUGGGAUCGUCGUCAUCUCAACGAUCUGGGAGAGACUUUGAUCGGAUGAGGACGUGGUGGCCUGGGGGACAAUGCUUGCAGCCAUCUCCAUGAGUUUUAUCCUUCUUGGUGAUGCUUAUAGUGUUUGUCUAUCCAACUCUUGGUCAUCAUCAAACUCGCGAUCGUUUUUCACGUUUCUCUCAUCGUGGGUUCGCCACUUGGAGCAUUGCGAGAGAGCCCACCAACAGCGAUCGCCUGCCCAGGGGUUUCGAUAGAACCAAUCCAUGGCUGACGAGAUCGUAGUGAAGGAGCAAUGCCACGGCAAGGCGAGAGUUCGUGUUGCUCGCGUGUGGCGCGGCGAUGGCAAAGAUCACGAGUUUGUGGAGUGGACAAUCUCGAUCAUUCUCUCCUCGGAUUGCAUCCCUGCGUACUCCGCCGGCGACAAUUCCAGCAUCGUGGCCACUGAUUCCAUCAAGAACACAGUGUAUGCUCUCGCCAAGCUCUGUCACCAGCCGGUGUCUAUAGAAACUUUUGGGAUCAAGCUUGCCUCUCACUUCCUCGAUACAUACAAAGAGGUGACUGGAGCUUGCGUCUCUCUCGUCCAAAACAACUGGGAACGCGUCUCGAUCGAUGGAAUCCCACACCAACACGGUUUCAAGCUUGGAUCUCAAAAAAGAACCGCGGAGAUCACCAUCUCUCGAGACAAAUCUAGCGUGGACGUGGUCUCUGGAUUCACGGACCUCAGCUUGCUCAAAACAACCAAGUCCGGCUUUGAGGGGUUUAUUCGCGAUAAAUUCACGCUUCUUCCUGAAGUGAGAGAGCGCUUGCUUGCUUCGACGGUCACCGCAAAAUGGAGAUAUGCGAGAAAGCCAUCGUGCUACACUGGAACCUAUGACAAAGUCACAAGAACUCUCUUUGAAACAUUCUUUGGGCCAUCCAAGAGUGGAGUCUACAGCCCCUCCGUGCAGAACACGCUCUAUCUUAUGGCACAAGAGGUGUUGCGAAGUGUCCCCGAAGUCAGCUCGAUCGAAUUAAACAUGCCAAAUCUCCAUUUUUUGCCUGUCAACAUGCCCACUGUUGGUGUGAAGUUUGAUCACGACGUCUACCUCCCAACGAGUGAACCUCACGGAUCUAUCCAGGCUUGCCUGGCUCGUAAAACUCUAACAUCAAAGCUCUAGAUCGGCACGCAAGCUAGAGUGAAAGAAAAAGAAAACUUUGCUUUGAAUCCAUGACAAGAUAAGAACA